AUGAGCCUCAGUCAAGGAUCCAAGUUGGUCCUUGAAUAUCAACAAAUCUUUGAGGAGUAUUUUUACUUUGCUCUGACUCACUUGAAGACUGAGGAUGUGAAGGCAAGAAGGUUCGAAAGAGGGCUUAGAGCCAGCUUGAGUACUUUGGUGGUACUACACAAGUACCCCACCUAUGCAGAAGUGGUUGAAGCUGCCAAGCUGAUAGAAGACCAGCAGAGGGAAAAUUAUUGGGCUAUACAGGCAGGCAAGAUGCCAAUGCCAUCUCAUGACUCUAGGGGACCCAACAAGUUCCAGAGGAGAGGGGCUUAUACCAAUGCAGCCCCAAUUCAGUCCUGUAGACCUGAUGCGGGUCAAGUGCCUAAAGCUAUACCUGCUUCUCAUUACGGGGCUCAGACUCUUAUUUGUUACAACUGCAAGGAGUCCGGCCAUAUGGCCAAGGAUUGUCCACAACCACGACAAUCAGGUUCAUGGCCAGUUGUGACUUGCAAAGCACCCCUGGCAAAGAUUGUUGUUCGCCUGCUUGUUCCUUCUCCAACGAGCAAGACUCAGGGGCAAGUUUAUUCUGUUACUCAUGAGGAAGCUCAGUUUAACCCUAGUGUUAUCAUAGGCAUGAUUUUUGUGUGCUCCUUACCUGCAUAUGUGUUAUUUGACUCGGGGGUGUCACACUCCUUUGUAUCCCCCUCCUUUGUCGAGAAAUUACCAAUUGAAUCGGCCAGAAUGGAGCAAAAGUUGACAGUUAGUACGCUGACUGGAUGCAAAGUCGAGCUUGACCGGUCCUUCAACUUUUGCCCUGUUCGAGUAAGUGACCACGGGCUUGAGGCCACUUUGAUCAUUCUAGAUAUGAAAGACUUUGAUAUCAUUCUGGGAAUGGAUUGGUUAUCCACACAUGGAGCUAGCCUGAUCUGUGCAGAGAGGAAGAUACUCUUCCGGACAAGAGAGGAUAAUGAGUUCGUAUUCAAGGGUAGCAAAAGUAAGAAGCCUAAGAACCCAAUCAUAUCGGCUCUCCAAGUUCAGAAGCUCUUAGCACAGGGUUGUCAAUGUUAUUUAGCCUCUAUAAUGGAUACUGAAGCCAAGAUUACACCUAUGGAAGAGAAAAGUGUGGUGAGGGAUUUUCCUGAUGUCUUUCCGAAAGAUCUUACCCGAUUACCACUGGAUCGGGAAACGGAAUUUAUGAUUGAUCUGAUACCCUGUGCUGCUCCAGUAUCAAAGGCACCGUACAGAUGGCCCCAUCAAAACUAA